AUGCGAAGGCCUUUUAUCGUGAAAUCCCCUCUGGCCCACCGCCGUAACAUAACCGCAUUAUCUCACCGGCAACCACCAUGGCCGCCGCCAUCAUCGCCACCGGCGGAGAGAGCCUCACUAUCUCUCAUGGCGGACCGAUGCAAAUCAAUGAACCAGAUCAAGCAAAUCCACGCCCAAAUGAUCGUCACCGCCCGCAUCCACGACGUCUACGCCGCCAGCCGCUUGCUCAACUUCUGCGCCCUCUCCCCUUCCGGCGACCUCCGCCACGCCCUCAGGCUCCUCCACAGCGUCCCUUUGCCGAAUCUAUUCAUGUGGAACACCGUGAUCAGGGCGCACGCCGCCAGCUCGAACCCCGUCGCCGGUUUCCUUCUCUACGCCCAAAUGCGAAGGUGCGGCGGUGGCGUCUCUCCCGGGACCCACACGUUCCCUUUCGUCCUCAAGGCGUGUUCGCACAUACAGUCGAUCACGUGCUGCGCGCAGGUUCACGUGCACUUGCUGAAGUUCGGGCUGGGCCAGAACUUGCACGUGGCCAAUGGGCUCGUGAGGUGCUACUCUGUGUCGAGUGGGCUUCGAGAAGCCCGCAAGGUGUUUGAUGAAAUGUGUGAGAGAAACUUGAGUAUCUGGACCACGAUGAUAUGCGGCUACGCACAGAAUAACAAAUCCAAGGAGUCGAUUUUGCUGUUCGACGAAAUGAUUUCAAACGGUUUCGAGCCGAAUGGAGUUGUUUUUUCCUCUGUCUUGUCGGCUUGUGCUCAAUCGGCUUGUUUGGAUUUGGGUGAGCAAAUUCACGCGUAUAUGAAGGAAAAAAGGAUGGAAUUAGGCGUGAUUCUAGGGACUGCGUUGGUGAACAUGUACGCGAAAAACGGAGCUUUGGACAAAGCAAUGAUUUGUUUCGAUCAAAUGAGGGAGAAAAAUGUCGCGACUUGGAAUUCUUUGAUUUGGGGGCUUGCUGUUCAUGGCCAUGCGUUCGAGGCUAUCCGUUUUUUCGAAAUGCUGGAGAGGGAGAAAAUGAAGCCGAACGAGAUCACGCUUCUUGGAGUUUUAUCCGCAUGUUGCCAUGCGGGAUUGUUCGAUUACGGUAGUGAUGUUUUUUACUCGAUGAGAAGGGUUUAUGGGGUCGAGCCGAAUAUAAAGCAUUACGGGUGCAUGGUGGAUUUGCUAGGCCGAGUGGGGAGGAUUUUGGAUGCCGAGUAUUUGAUAAGGAAAAUGCCUUGGAAACCGGAUGUGGCGAUUUGGGGGGCUUUAUUGAGUGCUUGCAAGGAGUUUGGAGAGAUCGAAGUUGCCGAGCGUGUGGUUGAGGAGAUUCUUGAUUUGGAUCACGAGAAUCACGGGGUUUAUGUUGUCUUGUCGAAUAUGUAUGCAGAAGCCGGAAGAUGGGAGGAUGUAAUGGGAAGGAGAAAAGGAAUGAGAGAAGGGAGUUUGAGGAAAAAAGCAGGAUGGAGUCUUGUUGGAGGAGACACUUGA